CUAUAUUUACAGGAUUGCCACUGCCCUUAAAAGAUAUCAACAAAAUAACCCCCAUUCAAAAGGGUUUCACUCCGCUUACACAGGGUUACACAUGUAUAUGUUUGUAUGAGCUCUCGAAUCCCUCACAUUCGAUUCUCGUUGCAGCAAACGGUGUUAAAGAGACCCAUCUCAAUGCUAGAUUUGGGCUUUAUUGUUGAUGAAGCUCCAUAAGUGAAUGCUUCAAAGCAGUUCUAUGCCAUACAAUCUUCUAGAGAAGAUUCCUCUUCACCACUUAGUUUGAAAACUUGAUAUCUUUUAAAAAAUGAAUAUUUGCAAGCGGAUACUGCCAUCAAGAUUAUCAUACUCUCAUGCACUUGCAUCUUACAAAGCAUCAUUUUCUUUCUUUCAUUCCUCACCAGACACUUCAAUUCAAGUUCACUCCGAAGAACAAGAAGUAGUAAUUGCUUUAGGUAGCAAUGUUGGCAAUAGGCUCAACAACUUCAAUGAAGCCUUAACACAAAUGAAGAAAUCCGGUUUACAAAUCACAAGACACGCAUGUCUAUAUGAAACCGAGCCUGCUUAUGUCACUGAUCAGCCUCUGUUUCUCAAUUCAGCCAUUAGAGCCACCACAAAACUCGGGCCGCACGAACUACUUUCGGUCUUGAAAAAAAUCGAAAAAGAAAUGGGCCGAACCAAAGGGAUCCGGUAUGGCCCACGACCCAUCGACUUAGAUAUAUUAUUCUACGGAAAAUACAAAAUCAAAUCCGAAACCCUCACAGUUCCCCAUGAAAGAAUCUUUGAGAGACCAUUUGUUAUGGCUCCAUUAGUUGACUUAUUAGGGUCGGAUGUUGACCAUGAUACGGUUCUACACUGGCAUUCUUUUUCAAAAAAAGGAGGAAUCUUUGAAUCUUGGGAAGAAUUAGGUGGUGAAUCUUUAAUAGGAAAAGAUGGGUUAAGAAGAGUGUUACCCAUUUCCAAUUGGUUAUGGGAUUGGUCAAAGAAGACUUCGGUUAUGGGAAUCUUGAAUUUGACUCCCGAUAGUUUUAGCGAUGGAGGGAAGUUUGAAAGUAUAGCGGAUGCUAUGUCUCAUGUUCAAACCAUGAUAUCUCAAGGGGUGGAUAUAAUCGAUCUUGGAGCUCAAUCCACACGUCCAAUGGCUUCAAGAAUCUCAGUUGCACAAGAACUAGAUCGUCUCAUUCCGGUUCUUGAAAGGAUUCUUAAAUUACCUGAAAUGGAAGGAAAGUUGAUAUCCGUAGACACGUUUUAUUCCGAAGUUGCUUUGGAAGCGGUCAAAAAAGGCGCUCAUAUAGUCAAUGAUGUAUCGGGCGGAACCAUGGAUUCCGACAUGCUUAAUGUCAUGGGGAAGCUUAAUGUCCCGUAUGUAGUUAUGCACAUGAGGGGGGACCCACACACGAUGCAAAAUGUUGAGAAUGUGAAGUAUGAUGAUGUUUGUAAAGAAGUUGGUGAUGAGUUGUAUGAGAGGGUAAGAAUUGCGGAAUUACAUGGCGUGCCAGCUUGGCGGAUUGUUCUUGACCCAGGAAUUGGGUUUUCGAAGAAUACGGAGGGUAAUUUGGAGAUUUUGAUGGGGUUGAAGAGGAUUAGGGAGGAGAUUGGGAGGAAGAGUUUAGGGGGGUCGCGUGUGCCUUUGUUGAUUGGGCCUUCAAGAAAGAGGUUUUUGGGGGAGAUUUGUGGGCGGGUUUCUGGUGUUGAGAGAGAUCCGGGGACUGUUGCUGCUGUUACUUGUGGUGUUUUGGGUGGGGCGAAUAUUGUUAGGGUUCAUAACGUUGGAGAUAAUGUGGAUGCUGUGAAGCUUUGUGAUUCUCUGUUGGAUCAAGUUGGGAGAUAAAUGAUUAUUGAUUUUUUUUUUUUCAGGAUCUUGUUUUUGAGAGAGGAGUUUGAACCAUAUGUAGAUGAAGACAAAUGUUUUGUUUUUGUAAGGGCACAAAUGAGAUACAAAUUUUUGUGAUCAAAACUGUCCAAAUUUGGGUUGAGAAAUUACAUAUCAAUCUUUUUUCCUUCAA